AUGACGAUAUCGACAGCGAAGAAACGCCGCCGGCCCUCGCUACAAUCUAUCCUCGUCCCGGCGCGCUCCUUGGGGAGCAGCAGCGGGUUGUUCUCGCCGAGCACGUCGCCGACGAUGGCAACACACCCGUACGCGGUACAGCCGCAGCCGCAAGAGCUGUCGAGCCCGACACAGGUGAGGCACGCGACACCACACCCACAUACGCACCCGCACCCACACCCGCACCCACACCCACAUGAAGGGGUGGCGCAGGAAGGUCCAAGCCCGACGCGUCUCACCGGCACCUCCCCGGCAAACGAAGGUUCUCCCCAACUUGACGAGUUCCGCGGAGGGAUCAACACGAGCCCCCUCGCAAGCCCGACGAAGAAGACGAGUUGGUCGCGCGUCCAAUCGUACGCGUCGGGCGGGAGCAGCGGUGUGCGUUCGAGGGCGGGGAGCUUGGUCGGGUCUGUGGUGGGCGCGGUUGUAGGAGCUGUUGGAGGAGGGAAGGGCGAUGGAGGAGUGAAGGGCGACGGAGGAGGGAAGGGCGACGGUGGUGGUGGUCUGGCGAGAGGGAGUAGAGGAAGUAGAGGGAGUGUGGGAGGGACGGCGGGAGGAGCAGGUGGAGGAGCAGGAGGAUCAACUUCAACCUCAGGAGUAGGCGCAGGGGUCGGGACGGGCGGAAUGGUCGGCGCCACAGGAGGGCCAGUGCCGGUACUCCCAGUGCAGGGAGCCGGUGAGGGUGAGGCAUCCGACGACGACCUCCAACUCUCGGCUCAAGGAAUAUUCGAGACGUUGCCGAAUAAAGUGUCUUUCUCCGAGACAGCGACCUUGAAGGCACCUGUACUCAGCAUCGACACUUUCUCUGGUUCUGGUUCUCUUGCCCCCUCCAUUGCCCUUUCCCCUGUCUCCACCUCCACCUCCGCCUCUAUCCCUACUACUCCACUCCAUCCCUCCAACAACCCCAACCACCCCAACCACAAGCACAAGAAAGGCGCGCUCCUCGCCCCCACCCUCGUUCCUCAUCGACGACGACCCCUUUGCCAACCUCUCCGGCUCUCCGAUGUCUUCUUUCUCUUAUGCGCGGGCAUCGACGUCGAGGGUUACGCUGGACAGGGACUUGGACAGUGUACCGCCCGUCCCACCCUUGCCCGUGGUGCAGGUGCAAACGAACACCGAGGCGUUGGCGUUGGGAGAAUAGGAAGCCGGCCUUCGAGCGGAAGUGCCAGUGUCAUUGCCAACGGGAGCGGCGGAAGUGUCAGCACCGAGAACGCGAAGGACAAAGAAAAAGAGAAGGAGAAGAGAAGCCUAUUCAGCUUCUCUUCCCGCAAGCGCACAAAGAGCGCGAGUGAAUCCAGAGCGAGAAGGGCAAAGUCGGCCCCGAGCUCGCCCUCCCCUGCGCAGUUGACCUUCUCUGCUAUCGCCCCUCCAGAUACGAGUUACGCGGAGGACGCUCUACCUCCUGUCCCUCCUCUGCCCUCGUCCAUCGCACCUGGCAUGCCCCCUUCAGCGUCAUCGUCGACGCCGACUUCUCCGCACCGCUCGCCGCCAUCCUCAUUCUAUUCCCCAACACAGACACAGCCAUCCUCUCCGCCUUCACCAUCUUCAACGCACUCCCAAUCCCAAACACCUACUCGAAACCCCUUCAGCGGCGCCUUCGCACGCGCACACGCCCGCCCCGCACACCAGCGCCCGGCCUUCUCGUCCCGCCCGAGCCUCCCCUCGUUGGACACACUGGCGAAGAUGAACAUCGUCUUGACGCGUAAGGUCAGGAAAGGCCGCGUAGGCGCUGGCCUGCCCUUCGAGCCGUGGGACAGCGCCAGCCUGGGCGUGCCGUCCGACGAUGAGUAUGGCUACGGUGUGCCCUCGCAUUCCUCCUCUUCCUCCAUUUCGUCCUCCACCGCUUUUUCGAGCACCGCCCUCGCUUCACCGUUUUCGAGCACGAACACCACCCUAACCUCCCCGUUCUCGUCCAACACCUUCACAAACUCCGUCAUGCCGCCGUUCGCACCUGCGUUCGCCUCUCCGUUCGCCUCUUUUGCUUCCACAAGCAGUAACCCUGGACCAGAGCCGCACGUAGUGCCGGAGCCAAUUCCUGCCUCAGCGUCAACAUCAUCCUCGACGACGACGACGACGACGACGACGACGACGACAACUCCUCAAUCGAAUGGACAUACAGCGACAGUGGAGCCGAUACCGAGGCAACAGCCCCAACCGCAGCCGCUCUUCCCAAGCCAGAUCCUAGCGCUGGGAAGCGUCGCGAGCGAGGUGGAGGUGCAGAUGCAGAUGCAGAUGCAGAUGGGGGUGGGUGGGCGUCGAGUCAUCGGUCCUCCGUCUGUUCCUUCGCCUUCGCCAUCGUCUGUCAAUGUGGCACCGCGUCCAACCGUCCCAAGGGGCCGGGCCCGGACGUCGAACGAGUCAACGUCGACGAUGCUGGACUUGCCACCGAUGCUCGCCCCGUUAAGGAUAUCAGGUGUAGGUCUGGGGUUGGGACUGGAGGCGCUGAUGAGUCCUGUCGAGGUGUCGGAGAGGGACGACCGUUAUGUUUGGGAGCGGAGCUUGGAGGAGCGGAUUGGCGGAGAGGGGGAGGAGAGGGACGACGUUGACUCGGAGUACGCCGCGGAGGAUGAUGAUGGGGAAGACACCAACACGCAGACGUUCUUCUACGCUGCGUCGUCCGCGUCGAUGCAGCCGCCUAUGCAACCUCCGACACCGCUUCGACGCUCCGUGCAAUUACAGAUGCGGCCCUCCAGGACGUACACCCCCGCGAACUUCGGACACGCCCCGUCCACGUCGGUGUCGUCCGUGUCGUCGCUGUACGAGUUCGAUAUGGAGCACCCGACCGAUGUUGACGCUGGGAGUGGGUACGCGGAGGAGGAGGGGGGGCGGUUGUUCUUCGACGCGGACGCGUUUCGCGAGGCCGGGCACGAACCCGAGCCCGAACCCGAGCCCGAACGCGAACCUGAACGCGGAUACGGACGUGAACAUGAACCAGAGCGGUUUGCAGCUCAGGCGUCCUACCCUUUCCCGCCUUCGCAGCACGCGCAGUACUCCCAGCACUCGCUGCACGCGCUCUCGCGCACCUUCUCGAACCAGUCCGACAUUUCCGACCACGCUGACCGCCACGACCUUGCCUCCCAUCCCGACCUUGCCUCCCAUCCCGACUUCGCCUCCCAUCCAAACACCUCUGAGCACGAACAUCUCGACGCAGAACCUUCGGACUCCUUAUACGCAUCCUCACUUGGCAAUUCCGAGUCGGCGACCUCGCUCGUCCAUUCGGAAUCCGCAACGUCCCUCAGCUUGUCGAGUUUGAGCUUGAGCCUGGGCGGGAGCUUGAGUAGGAGUUUGAGCUUGACGCGCAGCGAAAGUUUGGCUGGGAGUGUAGACGCGAGUGUGAGCGACGCGUCGUUCGACCAAGACGCCGGCGCUGAGGGGGUAGAGGCAGGUGUGGACGCGAUACCAUUCGAGGGUCUGUUGAUGCGCUCUGCGUUUGCAGCUGGCUCUAGCCACAGGCACGCCGAGGACACCUUGGCGUUUACUUCCACCUCAAACCCAAGCCCGAACGCGAACGCGCUGCAACUCCUCCAAGGUCAAGGUCCAGGCCUGACGCGCGCCUCGUCCGGCGCGAGCAGCAGCGUGCUGCAGUCGCCCGAGGUCGGGUUGGACGACCAUGCCGAUUGGUAUAGGCAUGUGCAUAUGUUUCCAUCGGCGUGGGGUGGUGCGGAUGCAGCGGGUAUGAUGGGUGCGGGUGCGGGUGCGGGUGCGAGUGCGAUGCGUGCGUGGGGUGGGUUCCAUGGGUAUGGGGAUUAUGCCGGGGUUGGGUUUUCCUAUGGUGUAGGGUACGGUGGAGGGGACGCGGACGACGAGGAGGUAGACGAGAAGGAUGCGGAGAAGGUAGACGGGAAGGAGGUAGACGGGAAGGAGGUAGACGGGAAGGAUGCGGAGGUGGAAGGAGGACCUGAAGAGCGGGGACGCGGGCGUGCUGACGAUGACGGCGCGCGUGAUCAUGAUCCCGUUGGCGUGGGCGUGGGCGUGCACGCGCCGCUCGGUGUCAUUGCCAUCAAUGAGGCUGAUGAUGGCGGGGCGUGGGAACCCUGCCCUCAAGCCGAGCCCAGCGAACGCGAACGUCAACGUGAUCCUGGGCCUGAGCCUGAGCCCGAAUCGGAUCCGCGCGACCCAGUCCGGGCUGAGUCUCGUGCGGUGCGGUCUUUCCCGUCUUUGUUUUCUUCGCCUUCUCAGUCUGUGUCUUCGUCUUCGCCCGAGCCUGAGCCUGAGCGGUCAAAUUCUCUGCGUGCUGCCGUUGAUCGUCUUGGCUUGGGGUUUGGCGGACACGUCGACGUUCAAGAGCUCCUCCAACAAGCAGGACAAGACGAGCUAGAAGGCCAGGUUGAACGCAGAGAGGAACUUGCUGUUGCAGGGAGAGACGAGCAAGGCACCGUGCAAGCGAACGAUCACGCUCAGCCUGGGUUAAAUACACGGACGAGGUCCAGUCUUGGGCGAGGAAACCCGUCAUCCGCCUUUACCUUCCCUUCUACUUCCACUUCGACCUCGCCGCAGCUGCCAGCCACCCUUUCCUCGCUCUCACACCCACACCCACGCUCACCCUUACCCUUCUCCUCACCAUCAUCUGUACUUGCACCUGCACCCUCCUCACACGCCGCUCCCAUCACCUCCAGCCCAUCCUCACCCUCACCUCCAGCCGCCCCCGAUAGCCUAUCGCCACCUCCACCUCCAUCCGCAUCUGUAUUACCUCCAUCACUAUCAGGCAACGGCGAUUCGUACGCAGGGACAGGCUCGGAACUUGCCUUGAAGCAUCAACGGGAGUUACGAGACCAAGAGCGUGGAGUUGACGUCGACGGCGACGGCGUUGUUGUUGUUGAGUUUGGUUUAGGCUUAGGCUUUGGCUUAGGCUUUGGAGUUGCACCACUAGCAUCGUCAGCAUCACAGGGUGUUGGUUUCGGCUCACUUUCGUCCUCGUCCUCGCAACUGCACCACCACCUACUUCAGCACGAGCACGAAAGAGCACCACCACCGACGCCGGCGACACUCAGCGUGGGAGAGAGCUACCAGACGGGAUUGGAAUUCGAACAACAACAGGAAGGACAAGGGGAAAACAUGCCUGCGUGGGACGCCACAGUGACGAAACACGGAGCGCACGGCUACGGCUACGGCUACGGCUACGCUCAACAUCAAUCACCACCCAACCUACACGACUCACGCCACCACCCUCACCACCAGUACCAAGAACAACAGCAACAGCGCCUACACGAUCCCUACCACCAACAGCAGCAAGACAGAGAAGGACAGCAGUACCAGUACUACACCCACCCGAACGGGUCGUCGUCUACGUCGUCGUCUUCCGAGCGCGCGACCACUAGCACGAGUAGUGCAGGCGAUGGGUAUAGGACGGCGGGCUCGGGCUCGGGCUCGGGGUAUGGUCGGGGCGAGGAGGACCCGACUAGGAGCGGUAGGCUUGGAAGGGCGAAGGCGACGACGACGGGAAGGACGGAGGGGUUAAGGGGGCUGACGGAGGGGAUAAGGCUACAGGGAGGGACAAGGGAACAGGGAAGGACGGAGACGGCACAGGGACGCACGGCACCUGUGGUAUCGAGGAGCAGCAGCGGCGAUGGCGAAGAGGAGGUGUACGAGGAUGUGUUUGACCCAUAUGCGGAAUACGACCCCCAAUCUCAGGCCUACAACCACCACCCAUCGUACCACUCGCACUCGCCUUCGUUUGCGAACAUGGGAUCGCCCCGCCAAGAUGCGAGCUCGUAUUCGAACGGGGCCUCGCGCGAGCCGUCUCGUAGGCCCUCAGCUUCACCGUCGCCAACCCCUGCACCUGCACCUCCAUUUGGCGUCAAACCGCUCAACUUGACGAAAACGAAGGCGAAAGCGGCGUCGGCAGCCCAUUCGCCAUCUUCACGCCACCAUCACUCUCCUCAUCACCAGCAACAACAACGGAUGCCCCCCUCACCUCUUCCACUUCCGCAACCACAGCAAACUCGUUUCCCGACCAGCCCGAUGGCAGGGUCGUUUGCACAGGCAAAAGCUAAUGGCAAGUCUAACGGAACUCGGGCCACAUCGCGGUCAGUGUCUGCUUCAGCUUCAGCAUCGGAGUCAGAGUCGGAGGGAAGCGGGGACGCUUAUGGUACCGAGAGCGACGCGAGCUCCGCGGAGGAGGAAGGGAUGAAGGAGAACGAGAGCGAGAGGGAGAAGAGUAAGGGGAAAGGGAGUGAGAGCAGCGACGACGACGUCCCGCUCGCACAACGUAUACCAGGCGCUCUGAGCGCGCAAAAGUCGAUUAGGAGGCAGGUGAGGGCGGAGAGGGAGGCGAGGAAGCGGGGUGCAGGCGCUGGAGGUGGCGCUGCUGCUGAUGGAGGCCGAAGGGGUGCAGCAGUUGGUAGUGGUGGAGGGAGAGGAGGAGGAAAUGGAGAGAGGGGGAAAAGUAGGAGGGAUGAGAGGGAAAGGGAAAGAGAGAGGGAGAGGCAGGAUACGCUAAGACCUGCGGGGGCUGGGUCGGGGUACGGCGGAGGCGGAGGAGGCGUGAUGAUGUCGAGUACGCAGGAGGCGGUGAUGGCUGCGUCUUCGUCGUCGUCGUUGGGCGGAGCGAUGAAUCUGGUGUCGCUCACGAGCUUCGCGCACCCGGGUUCGAGUUCGUAUGCGUCUAACCACCCGACUUCGUACAGCUCGAACCACCCGACUUCGUAUACGCCCAACAACCACCCGUCGUCGUCCUACACCUCCUCCGCCUCCGCCUCCGCCUCUGCUGGUCUUACCAGUCCCACCGUCAACCUCACCUCCAACGCCAACACCACCAACCUGAGCGCCAACGCGAAGAUGACCCCCAACCCUAACCCAAACUUAAACCCGAACCCCAACCCAAACCAGCAGACGGUCUCGGUCACCGUCAGCCAGCGCACGACGGGCACGGGGCCAAGGAAGAGGACGAUGACGCUGCCUGCGCAGGCGGUGGCGCCUCAGGGUCUCGGUGGUGGUGGCGGUGGGGUGAAGGGUGUGGGUCAACAUACGCAGGGCAUGCAGGCGCUGAUGUCGCCGACGCUACCCGGCACCAGUGCGGGUCCGAGCGGGCACAGCUCCUUCCAGCCGCCUGCGUCACACCAUGCUUCAUUCCAGCCCCAACACUCGCAUCAUGGGUCGGGACAGUACGCUCAGCAGCAGCCCGCCCCGCUGAACAUCUUCAGCCCGGAGGAUUUGGCGCGGAAGCUGCAGAGCGUGAAGCAGAGUGCGAGUUUGGGCUCGGGGGCGGGGAUGGGAGUGGGAGGAGGGGUGGGUGAAGGUCAGAGGUCGCCGUCAGGUAGGGGAGCGUCGGCGUCGGCGUCGGCGUCGUAUAUGCAGCAGCAGCAGGCGGCGUUCCUCCAGCACCAGCAGAGUCAGCAACAAGGAGGACAAGGAGGAGGGUUGCAUAGGGCCGCGACGACAGCUGCAGCGGUGCAUCGGAGCAAGACCGCCACUAGCAGGACAACCACCAGCGCGAACACACCAGGCCGCCCGUCGCAUGAGGCCCACCCACCUGUGCCCGGAACCGGGACGGGGACAGGGCAGGAGUUCUAUACCUCUUCGCAUGCCACGUCGUCUUCGCAGCCAGCGUCCGCAUCUGCAGCCUACAGCACGCCGUUGAGUACGGGUACGGGCCGCGCGAGGAGCAAGUCGGUCAAAGAGAGCGCGUCGUCAUCGUCGUACGCUACCCGACAUGGCCUUGGGCCGUACGCACACCAGCACCAGCACCCGCCGAUGCCUACCUCACCUGGGUCGCCCUCUCCCUUACCCGGUUCUAUAGCUACCUCCAUGAGAGUCUCUUCGGAUGCUCAGCAAGGGCAAGGAGCACACAGCCUGAAACACUCCAGGUCGUUCCACCGAGGACAGGGACAGGGUGGGGGUGUGGGUGGUGGGCGGCAGCGCUCCAUGUCGGUUUCUCGGCCUAGUGCGGACAGGGAUAGGGAGAGGGAGAGGGGGUGGGAGUCUGAGGAGCCUGUACCAGUACCACCCUUGCCUGUGGGCUUGGGGUCGAGGCCGAGCGGGGACGAGGGGCAGGGCCGGAAGUUGGUGAAGCCUUUCGCGCAUUCCUCCGCCGCUGCCGACAAAUCAAGUUCUGCGCGUCCUUCGCUCGACGUCGACCCUGCCUUACCCUUACCCUUACCCACCAAUGGCCAAGCAGGAGCAACAGGAGGCACACAGCAAAGGAUAUACGUCGGCACGCUGCAGCAGUUCAGCAUGGUCUCAGUGGCGCCCUCCACGAGCGCGGGCGAGGUGAUUGGGCUGAUGGACGCACAGGGGGCGCUGAAGGGGUGGAAGGGCUCGGGCGGGUGGAUGGUGUGGGAGGUGUGGGGUGAUUUUGGGUUGGAGCGCCCAGUGCGAAGCUACGAACUCCUGGCAGACGUGCAGGCCGGGUGGCUCAAGGACAAGGUCUCAAACCACUUCGUGCUCAAGCUGACGCCGUUGGCCGUCCCUCUUGCACGUUCGGCUAUACCGAGCAUCGCGCCCACACACUCUGGGUACGUCGAGUGGGAGGUGAAGCGCGGGAAAUGGAGCAAACGGUACAUGCAGCUAAGGGAGCAUGGGAUUUGGCUGUCGAAGCGAGAUAACAAACGCGACGAGGUCCUCCUGUGCUCGCUGUCCAACUUUGACGCGUACCACAUCACACGUGCGCACCGCGCGCCCAAGCCCUUCGCCUUCGCCAUCAAGUCGACCGACAGCCUGUCGUUCUUCGAGGACACGAAGGACUACAUGCACUCCUUCGCGUGCCACGAGAAGGACGGCAAGGAGUGGAUGGAGAAGAUCUUGGUGGCGCGGUCGUACGUCCUCCACCAAGAACGCCACGUCCUGUUCAACCCCAAGCCGUCUGGCGCUACCAAUGGUACCCCGAACGGGACGUCAAACGGUACAGGCCUCGCCCGCUCGGGAACGCGCAAGGUGGCUGUGAAGCCGCUCAUCGCCGCCCCGCCGCAGUACUCUGGUGCGACUGUGACGGUGCCCACGAUCCAUGGGGACGUGUUUGAGCCGGGGUCGUUGUUGGGGAAGCACCAUUGA